CACAAUGUGUUCCACGAUGAAACGUCUUCAAACGAUCAAAAUUUGCGUUCAGCCAUCAACAAAUGGCUUGGCGAACGGAAUCAUAAACGACAAGAAGGAAAAGUGUUUAGAGCACGAUUCGAACGCGCUGGACCGUCGAUUUCCGCAGAAUCUGAUGAUUUGUUAACAGUGUCAAAGCCAAGCACCGUAUUGCUCACCAACCAUGAUGCUGUGCCAGAACAUGCAACUAGAACCAUUCUUGCUCCGUCCUAUACGCAAAGCAAAUCUUCUGAGAAUAUUUCGAUGAAUCAUUCGAAAGGAACAAGCAUUUAUGAUAAUUCAAAGUUGAAGAAACGAUCGAAAGUUGCGCAUCGACGAAACUCGGCCGCUUACACGAACGCUUCACCAGCUCCGUGGACAAAAUUGUUCAAAUCCAAACGGCCACAUGAAAAAUGUAUCUUUCGUGGAGUGGAUAUGAUAGUUUACAUUGAUGAUUCAACGGCAAUGUUAAGAAGUGAAUUUUUUAGUCUUUGCAAUUUCUUGCGGACACUUUACAAUUCACUUGCUCGCAAUGGAAGAAACGGCAAAGAGGUAUGCACAAAACACUUGCGACUAUUUCAAAAGCACUAA